GUGGAUUUCGACUUGCGCGUGGCCUGCUCGUCGUCAGAUACGGCGCACAUCCACCGUAUUACGUGCCAGGCAGGGGAGACGACCAAGAUACCCCCGACGGUGGCCCCAUCUCUCAACGAACAUGGGAAUCUCCAUCGCCUCAGAAUUAAGGUAGUAGACUAG